UCAAGGAAUCUCCAAAGCUCGGCAUGUUAUGCAAAGUCUUGCAGCCCGAGCAGAAAAAGGCUCCUCAACAACUAGUGGUGUCGGUGUCACAUCUACUGCCUCUAUACCCACUUCUGCACCUUCACAACCUUCAUCUAAUGUAAACGAUGCAACAACAACUAAUCCAAAGACUACCACCAGCACAGGAACUUCCGGAAAAAAACGUGCCAGCAAAUGGGACGUGCCCGCGCCAAACGCAGUGCCCUCGUCUUCGUCAACGUCGAGUUCAGGUUCACGUCAUCGUAACAGUAGUCGCAGUAGGCAUGAUGCGAAACGGUCACGGACUUGA